CAAAGUCUGGUUACUGUCAAAUAGUAUGACAUCAAAACACAAAUAGUGUAGGUCUGUAAAGGGGCACAAGUUUACCCCAUUAUCUUGCUAAAGAAGGGGUAAAAACAAACCGCGAUAGUGAUUAGCAAUAUUUAGCUAAACAUUGUCUUGAUAGGACCAUUGUCACUGAAGCGGCGCCUUUUGCUCGGUGCAAAUAUCGAUUUGUGUCCAUCAAAGCCUUGGUCAGAUACAAAGUAGGUCACACAGUUUACACCAAGGGAAUUGUCUGAGUUGGCACAAGUUUACUCAAAUGGGGUUUCCAGUUGUGUCCUGGUGAAAUAUGGAAGCAGUAUUGAGGAUCUCGAUCGUCCGUGCUUAGAGGAAAAGUGUAGAAGUGUGACAAAACCCAUCUAAUAUGAGUGAGAAUGAUGAUUCUGAUACAGAACUGGAUCCACGAAUUCAAAUCGAGCUGGAAAAACUGAACAGCACAACAGAUGAAAUCAACAAGCUGGAAAUCGAAUACGAUGAGGCAAACACCACGUUUCGCAUGCUCCUCAAUGAGUCUACCAGGCGGCUAAAAUUGCUCACCAAACGCUUGGGCAGUUGCAUAGAAAAGGCGCGGCCCUACUACGACCUGCUGGAGAUUGCGAAAAUGCAACAAAAACAGUGCCAGCAAGCGGCUUUGCACUAUCAAAAGGCCAGUGGGAUUCAUGCAGCGGCAAAGGAAACGGUGGCUUUGGCCGAACAGCGGUUCUUAACAAACCAGCACGAGUGGCAGUUUGACAAUGCUUGGCAAGAAAUGCUUAAUCAUGCUACUAUGAAGGUGAUGGAGGCCGACACACAAAAGGCCGAGAGGGGCCGGGAGCACCAAAUCAAAGCCACCAUAUACAAGGAAACUGAGGAAAACCUGAAGCAGCUCGAAGAGAAGUUGCAGAAAUUCAUCAUCAAAUCUCGGCCGUAUUUCGACGAGAAGGUUCUAUGCCAGGAGCAGCUGAACACUCAAAAGCAGAGAAUCGAGGGCAUUAAGCAAGAAAUUGCCAAAACCAAAAACUUCUACUCGCAAACGCUGAAAAACUUGGAACAAAUCUCGAACGAAAUCCAUAUGAAGCGCCAAGGAAAACAAUGCGAAAACGAUCUGCUGACCAGACCCCGAGAGCCCGGAGUGGGUGCUGAACUAAGCCAAAGCUUUGAGGAGACUCCAACUCACAAAACAGCGAAAAACAUGAGCUCGUUGCCGGAUAUAACAGCCGAACUUGAUCGAUGCGAGAUCUGUAGCGUUGCCACCACCAGCUCGGCUGUUAGCGAGAAAGAUCCCGGCGAGAAUAUUCACGAAGAUCUGGAAGAGGUGAAAGCCAUCUUGCGAAACAUGCGAUCGGAAAACGCUGAUGGAAAAGACGAAGAUGUUUACGUAUCGGAGCUCCACAUCGGACACAUCAAUUCGGGUAAUGAUGCAAUAAACUCAACUGGAAGUAGGCCUGGCAGCAGUUUGCAUUGACUGCACUGAUAUUAACAUAGAAACGUAUGUAUAUAAAUAAUAUUGGGUCUUGAAAUCUCAUUGUUAGCAACGUUUUGGAAUUGAUAUUAAUUUUCUUGCCCACAUGGUUCCUGUUAAUGUUGUAGAGUUUCAGUUGAAGCACCUUUUCGCAAUGGAAUCUUGAUGUAUGUAUUCCAGUCACAAAUUUUGUUUUGUUGUAUAUUUUCCGACAUUUUAUAGAUUUUUGAAACCAAUUUGAAUAAGUUAAACUUGAUAAGUGGCGUGGAUUAAACAUGUUUGUUAAACUA